AUUGUCGUAUAACCAAACACAGAGCAAUGUGUUGUAGCCCUAAGGCACAUACGACUUGUUUAUCAGUAGCGUCCGGUCGACUCACAGUACAAUUGUGUACGUUACUCAAGACAGUGGUUUGUGCUAUGGAAACUCAGGAUUUAGAAGACAAUGUUCUGGAUAAUAAGCAGGAACGAGAAGCCACGGUUAAGGAGAGAACAGAUAGGAACAGUUGGGGUUAUGCAGUCGGAUUCGGAACAGUGAUAACCUUUAUAGCUGGUAUUGGACACGUGAACUCAUUUGGACUGAUCUACAAUGAUUUUAUUAUUGACACACACUCUACUGCAAAAUCAUUAACUUCGGCACAUGGCGUGUUUGCUAUCAUGUUAGCUAUCGGAGGUAUAAUACUCAACAGUAUAACAAAAAGAUUUUCUCUAAGAUUCGGAGGACUUAUUGGAGCGGUCCUCUUAUCAACUGGAUCUAUUAGUACGAUAUUCAUUACCAACACCAACCAACUUCCAAUCACUUUUGGAAUACUACAAGGCAUUGGUUUCGGUAUGAUGGUACCUGUGUGCUACUCGACAUUGAAUCAUUACUUUGUGAGAAAGAGAACGACGGUGAUGAGCAUUUGUAAGGCUGUCCAAGGAGUCAUCUUAAUGUGGUACCCUCAACUACUGAAGAAGAUAAUGACCAUUUAUGGGUUUAGAGGGACUCUGUUAAUCUUAGCUGGAAUGUCCCUCCACACAUUCCCAGGAAUGCUAGUUAUGAAGACAGAUGCAUCUUCUACAAGAAAAAUAAGAACAGCAACUGAUAUAGAAAAUGGGGGACGUCAUGAAAAUGAGGAUUUAUUGAAUUCUAAUGUUGAGAAUAAUAACAAAGCAGACCAGAAUGCUGAUAAGAGCCUCAUUGAAAAAAUAAGACAGAAGUUAAUGGAAAUAUUCAACUUCAGGAUCUUGAAAGAUGCUGUUUAUUGCAACAUUUGUUUGGGACAGAGUUUCGUCAAUUUCUCCGAUCUCACAUUCUUUGUCUUACAGCCGAUGCUUCUGUUUCAAUACGGCUAUGAUAGGACUCAAGUGGCCAUGUGCAUAUCCAUAUGCGCGGCAGCUGACGUCGGCGGCAGAUUCGCGCUCGCCAUCAUCAGCAGUAUAUUCCACAUCAACACCCGACUUCUAUUCUACCUAGCAACACUCCUUACCUUCCUUAUCAGAUUAGUAAUGCUCCAAAUUACCAGCAUAGUUUGGAUGGCGACAGUGACUGGCGUGCUAGGUAUACUGCGGGCGUGGCUGCACGUGGCCAGUCCGUUGCUUAUCGCUAACCAUGUGCCUCAUGAAGACUUUCCUGGAGCCUACGCGCUGUCUAUGUUAGCUGCUGGCACAGUUAAUGUUACAUUUUCGCCGCUUAUUGGUUUAUUGAAAGACGUGUACCAAGAUUAUGUGCCAGCAUUUUAUGCUCUGACACUCUGCUGCAUCCCCUGUCUUCUCUUCUGGCCGAUAGAAUAUCUAAUAAAGAUAAAGUGACCUGUUUUAUAUACCGUACAGUGUAAUUUAAGUGAAACCUGAAAUAUUUUUGUACCUUCCUGCAUAUUCUUGUUAAGACUGAGUCAUAUGAAUGCCCUAUAAUCGAGUCUACCAGCCUACUAUCCCCGUCUUUUAUACAACUUUUUAUUUUUAAUCGACAAGGAUGUAAGCAUUGUUAGGUACCUAAUAUAAGUAUAAAAACAUAGGAGUAUUUCUGCUUGAUUGUAUAAUAAAAUGCUUAGUUUACUUUAAUUUAUACAUACUUGAUAGGACUUUGUGUUCAAUAAUAAAUACGUAAGUG